AUGGCUGACGAAAUGGAGCCCUCACUCAAACCCAUCAUUGACCAGAAGUCACUCAAAUGGAUCUUCGUCGGCGGCAAAGGUGGUGUCGGCAAGACCACAACCUCCUGCUCACUCGCCGUGCAAAUGGCCAAGGCGCGCAAGUCCGUCCUACUCAUCUCGACCGACCCCGCGCACAACCUCAGCGACGCCUUCGGUAUGAAGUUCGGCAAAGACGCGCGACCUGUUACGGGAGUGGAGGGUCUCGCAGCGAUGGAGAUAGACCCGAACGGCAGUAUCAACGAUCUCAUCUCGGCGGGCGGUGACGACGCGCAGGAAGCGAUGCAAGGACUCGGCGGGGUGGGCAGUAUGUUCCAAGAUAUGGCGUUCAGUAUCCCCGGUGUAGACGAGGCGAUGUCGUUCGCAGAGGUGCUGAAGCAGGUCAAGGGUAUGGAGUACGAGGUCAUCAUCUUCGAUACGGCGCCGACGGGUCACACGCUGCGGUUCUUGCAGUUCCCUAGUGUGCUGGAGAAGGCGCUGGAGAAGCUCAGCCAGCUGUCGCAACAGUUUGGAGGGAUGAUCAACAAUCUUGUCAAUGCACGGGGUGGUCUGCCCAAUGGCCAGUCGUUUGAUGAUGUGUUGAAGCGCAUGGAGGACCUUCGCAACACCAUUUCGGACGUGAAUCGGCAGUUCAAGAACGCAGACCUCACCACAUUUAUCCCAGUACUGAUACCGGAGUUCUUGUCGUUGUACGAGACAGAGCGUAUGAUUCAGGAACUCGGCUCCUACGAGAUCGACACGCAUGCCAUGGUGGUCAACCAGCUCUUGUUUCCAAAGAAGGACAACCCCUGCGAGCAGUGUAACUCCCGGCGGAAGAUGCAGAAGAAGUAUCUGGAGCAGAUUGACGAUCUGUACGGCGAGGACUUCAACGUGGUAAAAAUGCCGCUGUUGGUGGAGGAGGUCAGGGGCGUGGACAGCAUAAGCAAGUUCAGUGAGAUGCUGGUCAAGCCUUUCCAGGCGCCUGAGUAG